AUGGACGGUCUCUGCCUCGCCGACUUCUCCGAGGCCCCAUCGGCGGUGCAGCCCAGCACCUCGGACAGCUCCAGGGACGUGCGCACGCCUCCGGGCGCAGGAGCCCUCCCCCCGGCGGCUCCCCUGGGCGAGUCCCCCCGCGGGGACCCCCGAGAGGGUCCCCUGAGCUUCCUAGAGCUCCCGGAAGUGCCGGCGGCGCGGCGCGGGGCGGGGCUCCCUGUGGGCGCGGCGCGCGCUUCCGGCUCUCCCGCCGGGGCCCGGGGAGCGGUGGGUGAGAGGCCCCGCGGUGCUGGUCGCUGGGCCCUGCAGCCGGGCCGGCGGGGGACGCGGCGUCGCGCCCGGCUCCCUCAGGCCUUCCCUCCCGCCGUCAGCACAACCAGCCAGCCGCGCCCCCUGCCGCUCUCGGUACCAUGGCCGGCGGCCUCGACCCCCGGCGCCCGAGCUUCGUCCGUGCGCGAGGAGGGCGGCCCCGGCCUGCUGGGCCCAGGGCCUGGACGGCCACAGACCAUGAGGACGGAGUUCAUAUGGCAGCCUCCAAGCAGGGAAAAGCCUCCCCAGUGCCGCAAGUCGGACCUGGUGAAGCACCAGCGGGUCCACACUGGCGAGAAGCCCUACGCGUGCGGCCACUGCGGGAAGGCCUUCGUGCAGAGCUCUCACUUCACGCAGCACCUGCGGUUCCACAACAGCGAGAAGCCCCUUGCGUGUCAGCAGUGCGGUCAGGCCUUCAGCCAGAGCUCCAGCCUCGUUCAGCACCAGCGGGUCCACACCGGGGAGAAGGCCUACCAGUGCGGCGAGCGCGGCCGCGCCUGCAGGGCCCUGUCGGGCUGCUUCUGGCACCAGCGCGUCCUCACCCGGGAGAACCCUUUCCGCUGA